AUGGAAGACGGAGCAGAAAAGUGUGAUGCUUUAUAUUAUAGAAGUUUGAUUGAAAGUCUCUUGUACUUGACGGCUUCAAGUCCUGAUUUAGUGUAUGUUGCUAGUUUGCUUUCAAGAUUUAUGCAAAGUACCAACAAUAAUAUUCAUUUUGCUACUGCGAAGAGAGUGGUUUGGUACUUAAAAGGUAUUGUACAACUUGGAAUAUGGUUUAGACCGGUUGAAGAAGGAAAAAGAGAAGCCUGCGCUGUUAUAGUUAUGGGUACAAGUAAUACUCAUCUGUUUGCUCUUGUAGCUUUGGUUCUACUUCAUAACCAUAUUUCAAUGGCUAUUGUCCCCAAUAUUAGCACUGAUGAAGCUGCUCUUCUUGCCUUCAAAUCUCACAUUUCUCCUGAUCCAAACAACAUCGUGGCAACCAACUGGUCUUCGGCAAGCCCUGUUUGCAACUGGAUUGGAAUCACUUGCAGCUCUCGUCAUGACAGAGUCACUGCUUUAGACAUUUCUAGCAUGCAACUUCAUGGUACCAUUUCUCCGUACCUCGGAAACCUCUCAUUUCUUGUUUCACUUGACAUCAGUGACAACACUUUCCAUGGAGAUUUGCCAAAAGAGUUGGCUCAUCUGCAGAAAUUGAAACUGAUUAAUGUCACAAGCAAUAACUUCACUGGUGCCAUUCCAUCAUUUAUAAGUUUGUUACCUAACCUUCGAUACAUGUACCUUUCGAGCAACCAAUUUUCAGGAGAAAUUCCGUCUUCCCUUUCCAAUCUAACAAAGCUGGAAGAGUUGAAUAUGUCUGAAAAUUUUCUCAAAGGAGAGAUCCCUCAAGAACUUGGUCAUCUUCGUUACAUGACUUACUUGGACCUGGAAGAGAACUUGCUUGUUGGCUCUAUUCCUCCAUCACUCUUUAACAGUACGAUGAUGCAAAACAUUGCUCUUACAGACAACAAUCUUACAGGUAAGCUCCCAACAACUAUAUGUGACCAUCUACCAAACUUGGAAGAGCUUUACCUCUCGGACAACAACCUAGAUGGUGUUAUUCCAACAAACUUAGAGAAAUGCAGAAAGCUUCAAAUCUUGUCAUUGUCUGGCAAUGAGCUCAUUGGAACUAUACCAAGAGAGUUAGGCAACUUAACAACUCUAACACGGUUAGCUCUUGGAGGACAACACUUGGAAGGAGAGAUACCAGCGGAGCUAGGUAAUCUUAAUAAACUACGAAUGCUGGGAUUAGCUCGAAAUAAGCUUACUGGUUCUAUUCCUGCGGGCAUUUUCAACAUGUCAUCACUGCAGAUCCUAUCACUUAUACAUAACAGGCUUUCAGGUACUCUACCUUCAAAUUUAGGCCGUGGAACGCCCAUCCUAGAAGAGCUUUAUUGUGGAGGGAAUAGUCUGAGUGGUUAUAUUUCUGCUACUAUCUCGAAUUCUUCAAAGCUCAGAAUGCUUGCUUUUUACAACAACAGUUUUACAGGUCAAAUUCCUGAAUCGCUCGGUAGCUUAGAGAACCUUGAGGUUUUGCACUUGGGGGGCAAUAAUUUAUCCAGCGAUUCGGCAUUGAGCUUCCUGACAUCUUUGACAAACUGUAGGAAACUAAGAUUACUGUUUUUUUAUAGGAAUCCAUUGGAUGGUGUUUUACCAGCAUCGGUUGGGAAUUUCUCUGAUUUUCUACAAAUGUUUGAAGGGCAAAGUUGUAAGCUGAAGAGCUUCAUUCCUGAAGAAAUUGGUAACCUUACUGGAGUGAUAAAGAUUAAUCUGUUUAACAAUAGAUUGACUGGAAAUAUUCCAAAAUCUGUCCCAGGCAUAAUGAACCUUCAAGAACUUUACCUGCAAAGCAACAAAAUAGAAGGAACAAUACCAGAAAUUCUCUGCAAUUUAAAGAAUCUUGGUGCAUUAGACUUGUCAGGAAAUCGGUUUUCAGGUUCUGUGCCACCAUGCUUAGGGAACGUUACCAAUUUGAGAUAUCUUUAUCUAGCUUACAACAAGCUGAAUUCUAGCUUACCUGCAAGCUUGGGGAACCUUCAAGAUCUCAUAGAAUUCAAUGUUUCAAACAAUUUGUUUAGUGGGCAAAUUCCUUUGGAGAUUGGAAAUUUAAGGGCAGUCAUACUUAUCGAUCUGUCCAAAAAUAAUUUUUCUGAUUCAUUUGGCAAAAUGCUGGCGUUGGAAUUCUUGGAUUUGUGCAACAACAAUCUUAGUGGUGAAAUACCAAAAUCAUUAGAAGCUCUUGUUUAUCUGAAAUACCUGAACAUCUCAUUCAAUAAACUCACUGGAGAAAUUCCCACUGCUGGUCCUUUUGCAAACUUCACAGGACAAUCAUUCAUCUCCAAUAAUGCACUCUGUGGUGAUUCUAAGUUUCAUGUGCCACCAUGCAUCACAAAAUCUCUCAAGAGGAAAAAGACAAUCUUGGUUUUGUAUGUCCCUUUGGGAGUGAGCCUGCUAGUUCUUAUGUUAGCCCUCGCAUAUAUAGUUUUAAGACUGCAAAAGAUGAGGAAGAAUGAAGAUCAAGCAGAUUUGUCUCUAGAAAUAAGGCAUGAAAGAAUUUCCUAUUAUGAACUUGAACAAGCAACAGAAGGAUUCAAUGAAAGCAACUUACUUGGUAAGGGGGGUUUCAGUAUGGUCUACAAGGGGAUACUUAAGGAUGGUACUCUUUUGGCAGCAAAGGUAUUUAAUGCGCAAUUAGAGGGUUCAUUCAAAAGUUUCGAUACAGAAUGUGAAAUGUUACGUAACCUACGCCAUCGAAAUCUUACUAAAGUCAUCACUAGUUGCUCCACCACUAAUUUCAAAGCCUUAGUAUUGGAAUACAUGCCGAAUGGGACACUUGAAAAAUGGCUAUACAGUCAUAACUUUUUCUUAGACAUGUUGCAGAGAAUAGAUAUAAUGAUAGAUGUUGCAUCUGCAGUGGACUAUCUCCACAGUGGAUACUCAACACCUGUGGUGCACUCUGACUUGAAGCCAAGCAAUGUCUUACUAGAUCAAGAAAUGGUUGGCCAUGUUAGCGAUUUUGGCAUUGCGAAAAUGUUAGGAGCAGGGGAGGAUUUUGUUCAAACAAAGACAAUUGCAACCAUCGGAUAUAUUGCUCCAGAGUACGGACAAGAUGGAAUAGUAUCCACGAGCUGUGAUGUUUAUAGUUUUGGCAUCCUGAUGAUGGAGACAUUUACAAGGAGGAGACCAGGUGAUGAAAUAUUUUCUGGAGAUUUUAGCAUACGGCGUUGGGUCAAUGAUUCUUUUCCAAGUCGAAUUCAUAAGGUGGUGGAUGAUAAUUUGGUACAGCUAGAGGAUGAACCAACUGAUGUAAAAAUGCAGUGUUUGACAUCUAUUAUGGAAUUGGCUUUGAACUGCACUUUAGCGACACCGGAUGCAAGAAUUAGCAUGGAAGAAGCUCUUCCAACACUUGAAAGGAUUAGGGUCAAAUUUUGUCAGUAGUUGACACUUGGCCCAACUCCUAUUUUUUAAAAAAACAAAUGCAGUUAGAUUUGGUUAUUUUGUAUAAAUUAAGUACCUUAAAUAUAUAAAGCUCAACAA